AUGCCGUGCACUCGCUUCUCGAUGCGGCUGCUGACCGCGGGAUUGCUGGCGAGCACGCUGCUCGUCUCGGCCUCGCCCGCCUAUCUGCUGGACCGCCAGCUGCACCUCGAGCCUCGACAGGCCAAUGACACUGCCACGCCCACCACCGACGCCGCGGGCGCCUUCCCGACCGACGUGGGCUACCUCGGUACCACCAAGCCGGGCGCCGCUCCCUUCCUCGUCGUCAACGACCGCAUCCCCGGCUCCCGGGGCAACUCGCCCGUCGAGACGCGAUGGAACACGACGGGCCCAUCCGACCCGUCGUUUGACAUCUUCAAAAACGUGGGCAACGAGUCGCCCUACUUUUCCACUCCCCUCUUUGCCAGCUUCCAGGAAAAGGCCGCCGUGCUGCCCGAGACGUGCACCGUGUCCCAGGUGCACCUGCUCCACCGCCACGGCGCGCGCUAUCCGACCUCGAGCACCACCGAGGGCGCCCCGCUGUUUGGCGCGACCAUCGCAAACGCCUCCAAGGCCGACGCCUUCAACGCCACCGGACCGCUCAGCUUCCUCAACGACUGGCAGUACCAGCUCGGCGCAGAGCUCCUCGUGCCCCUCGGCGCCCAGCAGCUCUUUGACUCGGGCGUACAUGCCUACUACCGCUACGGCCGCCUCUACAACGCCACCACCCAGCCCCACAAGCCCGUCGUGCGCACCACGUCCGAGUCGCGCAUGCUCGACUCGGCCCGCUACUUUUCCCUCGGCUUCUGGGGCUGGGAUGCGCCCAACCUCAUCAACCUCGAGGUCGUCCUCGAGGCCGGAGAAGGACUCGCCCCCGGCGCCUUCAACAACACCCUCGCCCCCUACGACACGUGCAACAACAGCGACACCAUCACCGUCGGCGACACCUACCUCCGCCCCGUCUGGGACGAAAUCUACCUCGCCAACGCCACGAAGCGCCUCCAGCCCUACGUCGACGGCCUCAACCUCACGACCGACCUCGUCUACGGCAUGCAGAGCCUCUGCGCCUACGAGACCGUCACGCUGGGCUACUCGGACUUUUGCUUGCUCUUUACCCAGCAGGAGUGGGAGGGCUACGAGUACGACCUCGACCUCCAGUUCCAGGGCGACUACGGCAUGAUGUCCCCCACCGGCCGCGCCCAGGGCAUCGGGUACGUCCAGGAGCUCCUCGCCCGCCUCACCAACACCACCCUCGCCGCCGGCAACCUCAACGUCACGACCCAGAACACGACGCUCGACUUUGACCCCGCCCGCUUCCCCAUCGACCAGCCGCUGUACUUUGACUUCACCCACGACGACGUCAUCGUCAGCGUCCUCGCCGCGCUCAACUACCAGCAGGUCGUCGGCGACUUCCUCGAUCCGACCAAGCCGGACCCGAACCGCACCUUCCGCCUGUCGCACAUCACGCCAUUUGCCGCCCGCCUGUUUUUCGAAGUCGUCGACUGCACCGGCGGCAGCGGCAGCGGCAGCGGCUCGGUCGAGGCGGGGCGAUACAUCCGCACCGUCCUCAACGACGCCGUCGUGCCCCUCGACGACAACCAGGGAUGCCAGCCCAACGACCACGGCCUCUGCAAGCUCGACGACUUUGUCAGGUACCAGCAGCAGAAUGCCGAAAAGGCCGCCAACUUUGACAAGGCCUGCUUUGGCGUCAACGGCACCGACUUUACCAUCACCGGACCCGUCAGGAACGGCACCGUCUACUAG